AAACCAAAUCCCGGUACUCUUUCAUUAUGGCAAUUGGCGUGCAGAAGAAGACGUCGACACCUCUGGACGUUGGAACCGAACAAGAACCCACCAAUCUCGAGAAGACAAUCGGCACAUUGAGACGAUGCCUUCAGAUUGCCGGAACAUCAAAUAAGCCCGGUAGCCGAAGUGCUAAGAAUUCGAUAAGCGAGGAAUCGAAUGACCUCACAAUGGAAGAAUCGGUGCCUGAAGCAUCGAAAUGGCCACACUGUCAGCACAUGAUCAGCCAGGAUGAGGCCCCACGCAACGAUGAACUUGCCAGCCCGAAUAUUCGAAUUGUUGCCUACAAAGAUGAAUCACAGAUCAACGAUAUUAUGCGCUUGAUCACCAAGGAUCUCAGUGAGCCCUACUCCAUCUACACCUACAGAUAUUUCCUCCACAAUUGGCCAGAAUAUUGUUUCCUGGCUUACGACCAGACCAACAACACCUACAUCGGAGCUGUUUUGUGCAAGUUGGAACUUGAUAUGUAUGGACGGUGCAAGGGUUAUCUUGCCAUGUUGGCUGUCGACGAGUCGUGCCGUCGUCUCGGAAUCGGAACUCGUCUUGUUCGUCGUGCUUUGGACGCUAUGCAAUCGAAAGGAUGUGAUGAGAUUGUUCUUGAAACAGAAGUUUCCAAUAAGAAUGCUCAGCGGCUUUACAGUAAUCUCGGAUUUAUUCGUCAGAAAAGACUUCUAAAAUAUUACCUGAACGGAGGUGACGCUUUCCGUCUGAAACUGAUCUUCACUUCCCGUCGUGUACGCUCUCUGAACAAUCAAGAAAACUAUCAGCCGCGGUGUCGGGUCAACGAGGAUGAUACUCCGGAUGAGGAGGAAGGAACUUAUUAAUUAUUAUUAUUUUGCGUUACUUGACGAAUUUUAUAAUUGUAGAAACGGAUAUUAUAUAGCACACAAAAAAUGUAUUCGUCAAGUAAUGUGCUCUUAUUUAAUACAUCCUAUUCAAUUGUAUAUUUUGUAUUGGUUGAUUUUUGCCAUCUUCUUUAGCCUACUAAAUGUUAUUGAUCGGUCACUUCAUUUUAUUACUUCACAUAGGAAAAAGAAACAUAAAGGAAAAAAGCUCAC